AUGGCCAAAAGCAAAGAUGAUAUAAAAUAUGGAACAGCACAAGCAAAACUAUCACCAGAUGAAGCAGUGAGAGUAGUAUACAAGCAUGGUACACCACUUGAAGGAGGAAAGAUAUCUGAUUCCGAAAAAGUUGAUUUGUUUUCGAGUGCACAAAAUAUUCCAAAGCGUGACCAACAACAACAAAGUUCAGAUUCUAAUCAGUCUCAGUUGCAACGUGAUGAUACAACAGGAGGAGGAGAUUCUACUGAUUUCACUACUGGAGCUCCUUGCUUGCCUGAGAAGAAUAAACCUCCAACACUUGCUCAUAAAUUUUGA